GAAAACAGUCGAGGCACCUGGAGCACGGGUGCAGUCUGCUGCAACGGGUGGAAGGAGAGACAGCGACUCGUCCGGCCUCUCUGGUGCGACAUCUUGUGAGCCAUGAGUCAGUACGGUUCUCAAAAUCCACUCAGCAUGAACAUGAGCAUGAGCCGCAAAGGAGACCCCGGUGGGGGCUCCUUCCGCUACACCCGCACGGAGUUGGUGCAAGGGGCCGCUGGCAACGGCUACGACCACUUCAUGGAUGGACACAACACCUUGCCCAAGACUUCGGCAGGAGGGGCAAUGGCGGUCGACACCAUCGGAAGAAUGACAUGCACCACGGAAGGUGGAAUCAGCGGCCUCAACGACAUCCAUCAGAGGGCCGUGUCGCUUCAAGCCCAGUGUCAGGAGGACCUGAGGAGAGCCGAAUUCGCCCUGCAAUCUGGGGGGAAUAUGGCUGAUGCAGAGCAGUACAUGUUGAGGGCAAAAGACACAAUUGAGCAGCUGAAGAUGUAUGCAAUGGACCUGAGGCAGAUGGGGCAGCCCAACGACAACGUUGUCAGAACUUGGGAGAUUUGUACCGAUCAGCUGAAGGGGGUCCACUUGGCAAUGAGCGGCUCUUUGCAAAGGAGAAGGAGUGGUAAAGGGAGCUCUGGAACUUGGGAGGAGCCGGGGAAGAGCUUCCAUGAUGCCGUGGCCUGGAUCGCGCAGCAAAAGCGUCUGAUUGAAACGACAUACUGGGGUGAAGAUCCUGCUGGUAUAGAAAAGAAUCUUAUCAGCCACCAGAGGUUUCACAACUCUAUCCAGAACAGCACAGAAGUGGAUCGAGCCAGGAGUGAAUUGGUCAAAAAAGGGGACAAAGGAAAUCUUCAUGCUUUGGACCAGGAGUGGGACAGUCUACAGCAAAUGUCACAUGCUCGGAUGCAGCAGUUAGGAGACCUCCAGCAGAUCAUCCAGGAACUGUCCAAGGAGAUCAUGUGGGUCAAUGACAAGGAAGAAGAAGAGUUGAUCUUUGACUGGGGUGAAAAGAACCUGGACCAGUACAUCCCCCGCAAGCAAGAAAGCUAUUCCAAACUCAUGAGUGCCCUUGAGGAGAAAGAAAAGCAUCUGAAUAAACUGAAGGUCCGAGGAGACGCCCUACUGAAGAACAAACACCCGGCCUCGGACAAGAUCGAGGCAUACCGGGACACGCUGCAGACUCAGUGGAGUUGGCUCCUUCAAAUUACCAAAUGCAUCGACGUGCAUUUGAAGGAGAACGCGGCAUACAAUCAGUUCUUUAAGGAGGCCAAUGGGACAUACAGCGCCUUGCAGGGGCAACAACAAUCCAUUCGUACAAAGUUCACCUGUGACAAGAACACCUCAUUGGAAAACCUGUUGGAGUUGCUCAAGGGAUUGGAGAGGGAGCGAGAGACGCUGAGGGACCAAAAGAGGCAAGUUCAGCAUCUUGUUAACAAGGCCAACAGCAUCGUCAGACUGAAAUCCAGAAACCCAGAAGAGAAGAGCAAUCGGCCUGUCAUUGCCAAAGCCUUGUGCGACUUCAAACAAGACCAGAAGGUGAUCUGUAAGGGUGACGAGGCCAUCUUGAAGGACAACAGUCAGCGCAGCAAGUGGGAGGUCACGGGGCCAGGGGGACUGGAUAUGGUCAUACCGUCCGUCUGCUUGAUCCUCCCACCUCCCAAUCCGCUCAGCAUUAACCUGGCUAACAAAAACGAGCAGCUCUAUGAGUCCAUAAUGUCUUUCUGGAACCAGCUGUACAUCAACGUGAAGAGUCUCAUCGCCUGGCAGUACUGCCUUCUGGAUAUCAAUCGCAUCAACUCGCUCACCCUAACCAUGCUGGCUCGGAUGAGUCCCGAGGAGUACUCCCAGUUUAUCAGGAGCCUGGAGACGCAUUAUGAAGAGUUCAAAAUGAGUUGCCAAGGCUCUCAGAUGUUUGCUGAGAAUGACAAGAGGGGCAUGGAGAUUCAGUUCAAUGGGGCUCAAGCCUACUACGGAACUCUCGUGGUGCAGCUACCCGCUUACCAAGCCCAGCAAGGGCAGCAACAGCUCAUUAUCAUGACUUCGGCUGCCGAUGAAGAUGCCAGAAUGCUUGAGGAAGAGCGCCAGAGAACAGCGGUGAAGAAAAUCACGAAAGAGGUCGUGAAAGUGGUCAAGACGGCGCCGGUGAAAAAGAAGGUCACUUCGUCUCACAGUUUAACGGAGCUGCAAGCACUCAGACUGAAGCUGGAGGCAGCUGAGGACUUGCUGAGUCAGCAUGUUCACAUCUGCUUGGGAGAUGAUGCGACCAACGACUGCGGCCUCAGAAUCACACAGAUGGAGAGUGCGCAGCUUGACGUCCAAGCAAUGAAAGAGGAGUACAUCAGGCUGAGGGAGAAUAUUAUGAAGGAGCUGGAGAGCACGAAUGAUUCUGAUAAAGCUCAAUUCCUACUUAGUGAGCUUGAAGUCAUCACCCAACGGCUCAGCGGUCUGGAGAGCAACUUAUCAACUUUUCUUCUUUGGCUGCAGGCUCUAAGGGACCUGCUGGAAAGCAUGGCACAUGCUGAAGAUAUAGUUAAAGUUCAUGAGGCGAGACUGACCGAGAAGGAGACCACUUCUCUGUUACCGGAAGACGUGAACGACUACUUGAAGAUUCUUAAGAAUGUUCAGGAUGGGUUGGAUGGCAAAAGUGACAUUGUGACCUCCAUGGAAGCUGAACUUGCCAAGGCAAACCAGUGCAAUGGCCAGGUGGGCGGGCCCUUCUACAAGUGUGACAUGAUGCUGUCAAAAUGCACCGAGCAGGUGGGCCUGCUGUCAGACCGCUGGAGACGAAUAAAGGCGCAGAUUGAUACUAGACUGCAGGACUUGCAGCACUACCUGCCUCAACUGGAGCACUACAAGCAGUCCAGCUCCUCCUUCAGCGACUGGAUUGAUGACACUCGCAAAAAGCAAGACAGCCUGCAAGCCACCAACAUCCAGAAUGUUCAAUCUCUGAAGGACCACAUCAGCAAUCAGAAGGCUCUGAAUACAGAAAUCAAAGCAAAGAGGGAUGCACUGGAGAAAAUCCUCAAAGACAAUGAGGCCUGCGUGGCCUCAAUCAAGGAUUAUGAAACAGACCUAGCCUGUUACACCUCUGGCUUAGAGACUUUGCUCAACAUCCCUAUCAAGAGAACAAUGCUAAGAUCGCCAUCUGUAGAUCUUAUUCUGGAGGCUAGUCAACUGCAGACCCGUUACAUGGAGUUGCUUACUAUGUCUGAUGACUACUUGAAAUUCAUAGGGGAGCUUCUCAAAAACAUGGAGGAUCUUAAGAUUCGAAAUACUCAAAUUGACCUGUUAGAGGAAGAGCUUCGCAUACUGAGGGAGGCUAUGGAGGAUCGCAAUAGCAAGAACAAGUCUCUCGAAGAUGCGAUUGUCCGCUAUCAACUCGAGCUGUCCCAGUCACAGGACAAGCUGCUGUCGAUGGAGGAGAUCAAGCGAACCACAGCGCUGCAGUGCAAUGCCGCAAAAGACAGCCUAGAUGACUCACACAACCAACUGGCGGACCUCGCUGAUCAGGUGACACGUCUCAACUACUUGCUAGAGGAAGAAAAGAGGAAGAGGAAAUUGGCCGAGGAGCGCCACACCCAACAGCAACAGGAGUGCGAGUCUGUCCUUAGGAAGAGGCAUACAGAGUUAGAAAGCGUGAGCUGGUCCAAAGUGGAAGUGGAAAAGACGAUGGCAAAUCAAGAGCAUGAGAUCAAGCAGCUGCAACGGAAGCUAGAAGAGGAAACCUCCAAGGUGGCAGAACUGCAGAAGGAGAUUUCAAAGGUAAGAAGCCAAUGCAAUGCAAAGAUCAAUAACUUAAAGCUUCACUAUGAAUCCCAGAUACAUGUCAGUCAGAGCACAAUUCAGCGGCUUUCGGCCCAGAGAGAGGAUGACACAUGUCAGCUUCAAAUGCAAUAUGACAGGAUGCUAGCAGAGGGGAGGGCUAUGGAGGAUGAGCUCAGGAGGCUGAAAAUGUCCCUCAAGCAGGCAGAAGAACUAAAGAAGAGAGCAGAGGAAGAAGCCCAUAGGCAGCGUUUGCUAACCACAGAAGAAGGGCACAUGAGAAGAGAACUGGAAAGUGAGAUUGUGGCUUUGAUCAAGCAGAGGGAAGAGGAAAGCAACAAGUACCAGGAGGACCUGGCUCAAGUUAGACAGGGGCUGGAGAAGAAGACUGAGCAGCUGGCCUACGUCACCCACAGUCUGGAGGAGGAGGUACGAAGAAGGGAAACUACAGAGGAAGGAAAAUGUGUGCUAGAGCACACCUUGGUCGAACUUCAAGCAGAGCUAGCUAGUUCAGCAAAGGCCGUGGCCCAACUGCAGACGUGCGAGGCGGAGAUUCACAAUAUGCGUUUGGAGCUGGAGAGGGAGAAUAGGGAUCGGAGUAGAGUUGAAGAAAACCUGAAUCGAUUACAGGGCCGCAUCAAAGAUAUUCAAUCCGUUAGAGAUGGCCUGGAGAUCCAGCUAGCUAACCUGAGGAACGCCAACCAAGAAGAAGUAACGAAAAGGAGGCAGAUUGAGAUUAAUUUAGAGAAGACCACAAUGACGAUGAGACAGUACUACGGCACCAUUACCACUUUACGCCAGAACCAAGAGCAAGUCAAGGCAUCAGAAACGAGAGGUGAAGAACAGUGUCUUGUUAUACAGGAGGAACUGCAAAGAAGCUUGGACCAAAACAGAAGCUUUAUGGAACAGUUGUCGCAACUGAGCACUGAGCUGAAAGCCCUGCAGCAUCUCUUGUUACAGGAGCAAGCAAAAGUUGAAGAGGUAAACCAAAGGAACGAGGGUCUGCAUAGAACAAUAGAGAAGAAGAGUAAAGCUCUGAAUGAAAACUACUCUGAACUUCAAACUCUCAAGGGGAAGACUGAAAUCCUGAUGAAAGAAAGACUGAGCUUGGAAGAGGAGCUUAGGAUAACACGACAUGAUAAAGCAGAACUUUUGAGAUCCAAAGAGGAUCAUGGUGAUGAGAUCUCCUCCCAAAUUACUGCCCUGGAGCUUCAGCUGCAGGCUAGCGAGCGAAGCAAUGUUGACUACUGCAACCUUGUCUCAGAGCUCUCCGUGGAGAGGGACAAUCUCAAGGUGUCCGUCUCCAAAAUGCAAACUCAAGCCACUGAGAUCUCAAGCACAAUGCUAUCACUGCAGUCGCAGUACACCGAGAUUGCGAAAGAAAGAGAUGCACUGCUGCUGAAACUCCAGUUGUCUGGGACAGACAAAGAUGACCUCCAAAGGCUCGAGGAGGAACGCCGACGCAUUAAGCUGUCUCUUGAGUCUGAGCUUCAAAAUAAGCGACGUGUACAGGAGGAGAAUGAGAGGGUGAAAAGAGAUUUAAGUUACUGGAAGGAACAAUAUGAAAGUAAGCAGGGUCUUGUUAACCAGUACGAUGCAGACAAGGAACGUCUGGAAAGGGAAACGACUAGUUUGAAAAGGGAGAUAGAGAGGCUUCGAAGGGAACUUAGUGAGCUCGAGAAUACAUAUAAAGGAAAGCUGUCAAACCUCCAGAAAGAACUCACAGAGUUGACUCUUGUGAGACAAACUAUGCAGAAUGAGGUCAAGAAAAGUAGAGAACUCCCAACCUUGGAUCCAGCCACCGUUAUUUUUGAUGGUGUUCGUAAACCAAUUACAGUAACCCAAUUGCUUGAUUGUGGGCUUUUGGAUAAACCAACUUUUAACCAACUCAUUAAAGGGCAAAAGACUGUUCCUGAUGCAUCCGUCGAUAUAAAAGUUAGUCUCAAAGGAACAGGCCCGAUAGCGGGGGUGAUCAUUGAAAACCCACAGGGUGACAGUUUUAUUUAUAAAAUAAGCCUCACAGAAGCAAAGAAAGAGGGUCUUCUCCCAGCAGAUGCUGUUGACCUGCUACUGGAUGCUCAGGCAGCCACAGGCCACAUCAUUGAUCCCAAAACUAAUCAAAAGCUGACAGUAGAGGAGGCAGUUGCUGCCGGAGUGGUAGACCCGAGAGAUCAAAACAGACUUUUAGCUGCACAAGCUGCUGCCGUGGGCUACAAGGAUUUCAGUGCAGUCAAGUCACUUUCGGUGUACGAGGCCUUGAAGAGGGGAUUGAUUGACAGAAACGAUGGACUGCGUUUAUUACAGGCCCAGGAGUGUAUCGGUGGCAUACUAGAUCCGAACCUCAGCGUGUUCCUUCCCAAAGUCACAGCUAUCGGUCGUAGUAUUUUGGAUGAAAAUCUCAGUUAUGCUUUGACCCAGAAUCCCAAGUGUUAUCUUGACCCAGACAACGAACAGGGUGUCAGUUAUGGAGAUUUGAAGAAAAGAUGCAAGACAGAGGCUCACACUGGUCUGCUACUGUUGCCAGUCACGAAGGGAAUAGACCCAUCCAAAGUGAUUUUUGAUGGUGUUCGUAAGCCAGUCACAGCACAACGGUUGCAUGAUUGUGGUAUCUUGGACAAACAUUCACUUCAUCAAUUAACAAAGGGACAAAAAUCCCUCCCACAGUUGUCAGAAGAAAAAAAACUAUUUUUAAAGGGGAUCAGGCCAAUUGCUGGUGUAGAAGUUGGAUCUUUUGGGACUAUAUCUUUGUCAGAAGCCAAGAAACAGUUGCUGAUGAAUCCACAUUGUGCAGAUUUACUACUUGAUGCCCAGGCAGCAACCGGCUACAUUAUUGAUCCAAAGACUAAUCAGAAGUUCACAGUAGAGGAGGCAUGUGCCAGAGGACUGGUGGACAUAAGAGAUCGAGAUAGGCUCUUGGCAGCAGAAUCCGCCGCUUUGGGUUAUCGGGAUCCGAGCACGGCUAAACCGCUUUCAGUCUUUCAAGCCAUGAACAAAAGACUAAUCGAUAGGAGAACUGGGCUACGCCUGUUGCAGGCCCAGGACUCUUGUGGGGGGAUUUUAGAUCCUAAUCUGAGUGUGUUCUUCCCCAAAGACAUGGCUGUGAAUCGCAGCCUUUUAGAUGGAGAUCUUUGUAAGGCUCUGAAUCAAAAUACAGAGUGUUACCUUGACCCGGAGAAUGAACAAAAUGUCAGCUAUGAGGCUUUGAAGAAAAAAUGCAAAACCGAGUUCAGCACCGGUUUGAUAAUUCUACCAAUUAUUGAAAGAAAAGAUCCCUCCAAACUGAUGUUUGAUGGAGUCCGCAAGUCAGUCUCAGCGAAGCAGUUGUUCGAAUGUGGAGUGCUUGACAAGCAUACAUUCGAUCAGUUACUGAAAGGGGAGAAGACAGUUGCUGAGGUGUCUUCUGAAAAAGUUGUCGCUCUGAAGGGAACUGGCUCGAUUGCUGGGGUUCAAGCUGGGAACCAGGGAAAAAUUUCUUUGUCAGAAGCUAAAAAACAAGGCCUCUUAUCCUCAGAGACUGCAAAUUUGCUACUGGAAGCACAGGCUGCCACCGGUCACAUAAUCGAUCCUACGACUUAUCAGAAGCUAACAGUAGAUGAGGCUUGUGCCAGAGGAGUAGUUGAUCUAAAGGACAGAGACAAAUUAUUAGUCGCAGAAGCCGCUGCUAUUGGUUAUAAAGAUCCAAGUACGGCGAGGCCUUUGUCUGUCUACGAGGCAAUGAAAAGAGGACUAAUUAAUUGGAAAACUGGUUUACGAUUCCUGCAGGCCCAAGAGUGCGUUGGAGGAAUACUUGACCCCACUCUCAGUGUAUUCCUCCCAAAAGACAUAGCGAUCAAACGCAAUUUAUUAGAUGAAGACCUCCGCAAUUGUCUAAAUCAGAGUCCUACAUACUACCUUAAUCCCGAACCUGAGCUUGAUGUAAGUUACGGGGCUUUGAAACUUAGAUGCGAGACAGAGCCUCAGAGUGGCCUGCAAAUUUUGCCAAUUUCAGAAAAGCUGGAUCCUUCCAAAUUGAUAUUUAACGGUGUGCGCAAGACAGUAACAGCACAACAAUUGUUUGACUGUGGAGUCUUGGACAAAGCUACAUUAAAUCAACUCAUCACAGGGGUGAAAACAGUCCCGGAGGUGUCAGCAGAAAAGCAGGUUUUCCUCAAAGGCACUGCUUUAAUUGCUGGGAUUUCAACUGGAUUAUUCCAAAAAAUGUCCUUUACUCAGGCCAAGAAAGAAAGUAUUAUAGCCCCUGACAGUGCUGACUUGCUACUUGAAGCUCAGGCAGCUACAGGACACAUCAUUAACCCACAGACGAAUCAGAAAUUGACUGUUAAGGAAGCAUGUGCGAGAGGCGUAGUCUCUAAGGAAGACGAAUCAAAGUUGUUUGCUGCUGAAGCUGCUGCCAUAGGUUACAGAGACCCAAACACUUUCCUGCUCAUGUCAGCUGGCCAGGCCAUGAAAAAGGGACUUAUUGACAAGGACACAGCUCUUCGCGUACUUGAGGCUCAAGAGUGUGCAGGAGGUAUUUUGGAUCCUAUCCUGAGUGUAUACCUACCUAGGGACAUUGCUAUGGAUCGAGAUCUGAUAGAUGCAGACCUAUACAAGGCCCUCAGUCAGUAUCCUGAAUGUUAUUUGGAUCCAGACACACAACUGCCAGUUAGCUAUCUGUCCUUGAAAGCAAGAUGCAGAGCAGACACAAGCACGGGUUUAUUGCUUCUUCCAGAACCUAAAAAACCAACAACUGUCCAAGGGCUUCGAAGUCAAGUCUCUGUCAUAGAUCUAGUAGAUGCCAACCUGCUGGAGCCAUCUGAUAUUAAUGGAUUGAAAGAAGGGCGACUGACAAGUCAGGACAUUGCGUACCGCCUGCGUUCUUAUUUGGGCAAGUCCACCUGCAUAGCAGGACUAUUGGAUGAAGCCAGUGAUAGGGUGAUGACAGUUUAUGAAGCUAUGAAAAGUGGACUCUUACGACCGGAGACAGCUCUAUACCUUCUUGAAGCCCAGGCUGCCUCAGGUUUUAUCGUCGACCCAGUGAACAAUAUUCACCUCACUGUUAGUGACGCUUAUAACCAAGGAGUAUUUGGGGCCGAGUGUCUGGACAACCUGCUAUCAGCAGAAAGAGCUGUGAAAGGUUACAAACUGCCUGGUACAGAAAAUGUUAUAUCUCUUUUCCAGGCAAUCAAGAGGGGUCUAGUUGAGAAAGGGCAUGGUAUACGCCUUCUUGAGGCCCAGAUUGCCAGUGGCGGGAUUAUUGAUCCUGAACACAGCCAUCGGAUUGAUGUGGAUGUGGCCUACCGCAAAGGAUUCUUAAAUGAGGAAAUGAAUAAGAAUGUGACCGAUCAGGAUGCUGCUCAUAAGGAUUACGUUGAUCCUAACACAGAGGAAAAUUUAACAUACCUGGGUCUUAAGAAACGUUGUAUUACUCAUGGAAAGACUGGCCUGAUCCUUUUGCCAAUUGUGGACAAGGAAAAACAAGAGGCAACGACGAAAAACACCUUGAGAAAAACGAGAGUGAUAAUUAUGGAUCCGCAGACUAAUAAGGAGAUGACUAUACGUCAAGCAUAUGAUAAAGGCUUGAUUGACUACAGCACCUACCUGGAGCUUUCUGCACAGGAGUGUGAGUGGGAAGAGAUCACCAUCACUGAACCUGAUGGUUCCAAACGUUCUGUUUUCAUUGACAGGAAGACAGGAAGCGAGUACGACAUCAAUAAACUGCUUGAGAAAAAACUCAUUGAUCAGUCAGUUAUUAAUCAGUAUCGCUCAGGGAUCAUUACUUUAACAGAGUUUGCAGAUAUCAUCACUGAAAAGACGCAUGGAUUGCCACCAACAAUUUCCACGUCACAGGCUUCAUUUCCGACGUCAAUGUCAUCAUCAACAGCAACAGUAAUGACAAAAUCUUCUUUCACAAAAAUAUCUUCAAUACCUCCCACCAUUAAAGAGCAAAGCUUUGCAACCGGUAGUGGUUCUCAAGGCCUAUCAGACACCCUAAAUCAAACAGCAAGUGUCGCUAUCACCCUGGCCUCUCCUGUUGAAAUUGUCGGUGAAAAGGAACCCGUGGGCGCCAUAUUUGAUACAGAAACUUUGGACAAAUUAUCAAUCGUGGCAGCUCUAAACAAUGGUCUUGUUGAUACCAUAACUGCUCAGAGAUUGCUGGAGGCACAAGCGUGCACCGGAGGAAUCGUAAAUCCAGAAAACGGGCGUCGGCUCAGCAUCCAAGAAGCGUGCCGCCAAGGCCUCAUUAACGAUGACAUGGCAGCAAGACUCAAGCCCGCUCAGAAAGCGUUUAUUGGCUUUGAAGAUGUCAAAACCGGAAAGAAAAUGUCUGCGGCUGAAGCCGUUAAGGAAAUGUGGCUACCUUAUGAGGCAGGCCAGAGGUUUUUGGAGUUCCAAUUUGGAACAGGAGGACUUUACGACCCUGAACUGGGCUGUAGACGAAGCACAGCAGAUGCUUUGCAAAUGGGCUGGAUUGAUGGUAGCACUGCUAUGAAACUCCAAGAUGUCAGACACCACACAAAGAAUUUAACAUGCCCAAAGAGCAAACUAAAGAUUUCUUAUAAGGAGGCUCUGGACAAUUGUCUGGUGGAGGAGAGUACUGGGCUGAGAAUGUUACCAGCAUCAUCCGUGUCCUCCAGAGGAAUAAGUAGUCCGUACAAUUUUGCGUCUGCCCCAGGAUCUAGCACAGGCUCUAGAAGUGGCUCACGACGAAGCUCUCGUAGAAGCAGUUUGGAUUUAGGCUCUCCCGCCCCCUUGUCAACCAGUCAUUACAGUCAUACAACCCUUACCACCCACACCACUAGACCCUAACCCACGGUCUUAUCCCGAAGGUAUGGAGUUGAGUCAGGGGGGUUGAAAUUGACUCAUGAAUACAUUCAAGCAAUCAAUCAGACAGGAUUGGGAAGCCACACGCAGCGUGUAAAUUUUAACAUUCGAGACUCACUCUCCACAACCGCUUUGUGAAACAACACCUAUGACUUACUUCUUCGUGUGCUGUCUGAAAAAGGGGCUUUUUUUGCUUUGGGAACAUAUUGAUGCUGUGAUUGCAUUCAUUCUGCAUUUAUUAGGCUAUUCUCUUUGUUUUGUUUUGGGAGGGUUGCAAGGUUAAUUACAUGCACAGUGGUACACCACAAUGGAUGUUCAACUAUAAUUUGAUGUUGAUUUGGUUGAAAGAACAAUUUCAAGCAACAUGACACUGAAACAAAAGUUGUUUCCUGUUCUUUCCUUUCCUGAGUCGACUUGCAUUUAAUAUGUAUUUUCAAUUCCUUUCGUGAAAGAUGCCACAAAAAGCCAACAGAAGAGUCAAAACACCAAUGGAUUGUACAAUGGGGGGGAUUUCAAUGUAUCACUGUGUAUUCAUGAAAACAUUAAACUUUUGAUUCUUUGAGUGAAUGAA